CCGCAGUCGACUUGGCAUUUUGCUCAUGUACACUACUGUAUUCGUAUGUGAGAGGCUUGGGCGGAGUUCACCUGAGAACACGGCGUAGGUCGGUGGUCGGCGGGCGCUGCUUGGUUUACGAGUCCCAGCCCAAGAGUUUCUUUACUGCCAAGCAAGUAAUCAUGUUCCUGUCCCGUGUAUCCGCACCGCAUGGUCAUCUGCUUCAUAGCCGAAAAUGUGCUGCUCCCCUCGCCUGUGUGUUAUUAAGUGGUUCAGCAUCAGAUGGUUACAGGCACCGUUUUGUCUCGGGCUCAGUUAUAACCCAAAAGCCAGGCUCCAAUGAGGCGUUGCACAUAUCUACAUCCGAGUCGGGCUGUGUGGAAUACGAAGGACUCGAUGGUGCCACCUGAAGUUGGAUCCUUCAAGGUGGAUGCUGCGCAUUUUGUCAUUUCACCUCCUAGUUCCGUUCCACCAUUCCUCACUGAGAACCAACCCAGUGUGGAAAACACCGCGUAGCCAAGCAGCAAAAAACAACAUCGUUGACGUCGGUCAAGACAUGGGAGGCCUUGCAUGCCUUUCGGGGCCACCAAUCACUUUGCCCGGCCUGAAGCCACGCCUCCCAGUGUCGGCUAGUCGGCUAGUCGGCUCCGAUGCCGACGAACAUCUCUCGAUGGUUGCCGGCCUGCUGCGCCACGAAACUCUUGCCGAACGCGUCGGUACCCUCAGGUUUUGCCAAUAUCACAUGUACCAAAAUGAACGAAGGGAAUGGCUAAAUGGCACAUGAGAAAACACACCUAAGGUGCUGGGUCGCCAGAAGACAUAUGUAAAAAGACACAGACCCAAGGAGAGCCGUUGACGAAGAUUCAUCAGCAAUUUGGUGUCAUUUGGCUGCAUUUGCCCAACUCCGUAAUGAACCGUUCAUCCUGUAUUGAUUGUAGACUGAUUCACUCUGUUAACAAAGACAAGAGAUUUACCCCCUUCACCCUUCGCCUCUGUUGCGACCGU